UCGCAAUAAAACAACUGUAGGGGGAGACAGAAGCUCUACAUUUCGGCUGUGUUGAUAUCUCGCAAGAUCCGUUAGUCACCAUGCCUGUGGAUAUUACUCAAUGGACUGGUUCUCUAGCUCUUACAGAGGUGGAGAAACAGCCAACCAAGCCUUUAACGGUCAAAUAUGGCUCUUUGGAAAUUGACGCGCUGGGUAAAGUGUUCACACCCACUCAGGUGCAGAAUCGGCCCACAUCCGUUGAGUGGGAGGGAUGUGACCCCGGUAAGCUGUACACAUUGGCCAUGACCGAUCCAGAUGCACCCAGCCGAAAAGACCCCAAAUUUCGGGAAUGGCACCACUUCCUUGUUGUCAACAUGAAAGGAAAUGACAUCUCCAGUGGAUGUGUCAUGUCGGACUACGUUGGUGCAGGACCCCCGAAGGGAACAGGUCUCCAUCGUUACCUGUGGCUGGUUUACGAGCAGUCAGAUAGCAUCAGCUGCACCGAACCCGUCCUAACCAAUCGCUCGGGAGACAACCGUGGAAAAUUCAAGAUCCAGAGUUUCCGCAAGAAAUACGGCCUCGGUGCUCCGCUCGCAGGGUCUUGCUUCCAGGCAGAGUGGGACGACUACGUGCCCAAACUUUACGAACAGCUGGCUGGCAAAUAAAGACCAUUUAGAAUAAGUUUAUUGUUUAUUCUGGUCAGAACUUGUUUUGCUUCAAAAGCUGUGCAGAAAUUGUGAAAUUCAAGUCAUCUUUUGUUCUAGUUGAAUUGAAAUGAAGCAAAUUUUGUGUCUCUUCGCUUGAACUACAGUACCUUCAGGUUAAAAAGACAGACUUUGCGCCGGCCUUUGAAUAUGAAUUAGUUAAAUUUAUGUUUAUUUGAUGAAUUUCUCACCACUAUAUACUGGAAAUGAACACAUUGGGAAAAAAUAAAUCCCGGAUAAUGAAAUCAGACUAUGGAAAGAUGUUGCUUGUGUGAUGAGCACUUUAUUUACAAAUAUAAUUAAAAGCUCUGACAGAAUCAUGCCUCUUAAUCUGAAAACAAAUGUAAAGUGCAUGCGACAGUAAAGCGUUUUUAUUCACUAAUUUGACUUUGUAGAAAAUACACAGUUGGAGAAGAUGCAGAGAACCAAACAGAAUCAUGAAAUUAGAGGCCAAUUUCACCAGUAACUGCAGGAGGGAGAGGGUGGUGAAACAUUUAUUAUAUAUAGAUGUGUAUGUAUAUUUAUAAAAAGAAAUUGAAAUUCAGUUAAAAUGUAAUAGGAAAAUAAGUAAAAGUUCUCCAUAAAUCCUUCUAUACACAAAAUACAUGUCCCUUCCCCUUCAGCCCUUUGUGCAGGUACCACGAGUUUAGGAUUCACAUAUGCAUUAUUCACAUUGUGCACCUCAGAUUAGGUGUUUUAUGGUAUUGUACAUAUGCGCUGUUCUCCCAAAAAAAUGGAAAAAAAAAUGGCUGGAUACCAUAUAAGAGUCACAGAUGCACCUAUCAAAUAUGUACAUUGUUUUAAUAUGCAAACUUUAUCAAAUUUCUUCAAUACUAAUAAAAGGUAUUUUCCAAUUUUUUUCUGGAUGAAUAAAUACCAAAUAGGGAUUCAAGCAGCGAGAGGCAGUAGGCUGCAAAAAAAAAA